AUGCUGUCUGCGCACGAGAGGCAAGGAGGGAUAGAGGACGUCUGACCGACCGGUCCCCUGUGUCCCCUCAUUGAUGUGUGGCAUCUAUGUAUCAGCCCGAGCACUACAAGCAGCGAAGGCUGUCCAUUACAUACAGGUGCGUGCCACACAAUGCUCAGACGUACUCAUUGUGCUCAUGCCGCUCUCUGUCGUCAGCCAUGAUGUGGUCCGCAUGAACGUGGCGCUCAUCGAUGAUACAAUCCGGUCCUCGCAUGAGCCCUCCCAGCCUCCCAGUAUAAUGAGGUCAGUCGUAUCGAUGCACUAACAUAUGGCCGGCUGUAUGCCUUUCUGUAUGCGUUCGUGUCCCAUUCAUUAGGCCUGCGAAGAGGCAAUGGACGUCAUAGAAUUCCUCACGCGAGUGGUAAGCAGCGAAAUGCCGGCCGCCCACACAUAUGAUGCAUCAAGCUGUGUGUCUUCUUUGUUCGGUUCCAGGCCGACUGCACGGACAAGGACGCAUCGGCCCGAUUCCGAGUCAUCGACGAUAAGAAUGACACCGGCUAUACCUGUCUGCCGCCGUCUGUCAAGCGGUGACGGCAGCGAUGAAGGCGCUUGACGGCAUCACACGCUGGGCGGUUCCGGCGCGUCUUCUGGCGGGGAGUUGAUAAACAAACCAGCUGCAAGACAGACGGCUCUGCCCAUGCUGUGCGGACUGUUUGUGUACGCUAGGUUAAGAGUGAGGGACGAAUAAUAGACUCACAGUCUGUCUCUAUACGUCUGUGUCUGAAUGACACUGGCCAAAGCACACAGCUGCUUGCAUCAAACACAUUUAUCAUGAAACACUCUGAUUUACCUCGACACAGCUGUGGGUGAGAGAUUCUGAA